AUGGCAAGGACCUACGAGAGCAAAGUUGCGGCGUGUGGAACCCGGCGAGUCUCCUUCACCCUCUGCCUUGCCUACAUGCGCCAGAACUACUGCUUUACUGAUGACGAACGCCGCUGGCUUAAACAGCAUUUGUCUGACGCGGACGUUCGAGCUAUCCUUCUCGAGCCUAAAACUACAGCCCCGAACAAGCGAGCCGCUGGUCUUCUAACUGAGAAGUUUCGUGCUCACUUCACUGCUCCGAGCACGGGCGAAACACAAGAAGCGUGGCUGAAGCGUUACAACAACGCGUCUCGCGAUCGCCGCGAUGACAUCGCUCGCCAUGCCCCGGAGGAUUUCGUCGCAUUCAGCGCGCGCAUGGAGAGGCUGCCGAAGAGCAUCUACAACUGGGUGCGCGAGAACCUGUACACGGGUCCUCGCGCUAAGACUGGACUGGACGUCUUCCAAGCGUCGUCGGACGCUCCGGUGGUUGAAGUGCUCGACGUCGAGGGCCGUCACAGGGCAGCGGUAGGCCAACAUCGCGCUGCAUGUGCCGACGCAUGGAAGGCUCUGCUUCCCGAGGAGCAAGAGAGGUACAACGCCAUCGCCGAGGAGAAGAACAAGGAGCGUGCUGCGGAGCGCGAGGAGUCGGUCCCCAUCAAUGAAGGCUUUACCGCCUUGGAAAUCUCUAACGCGGUGGAUGACAGCAUGGACAUGGUCCACAACGUACAUUGGGGCGGUCUGAUUUGCGUGGGUGGGCCGGACGAGACAGGCGAGCCGUCUGUCUAUAUGACGUCCCGCGGUGUCAACAGACAAGGCCUCACCUUCCUGCAGGCGCUCUGCCAGACGGCUGGUUGGACUGAGCAAGAAUUCUACCUCGUCCUCUCACUUUGGGUGGAACAGUCCCGUUCCGGUGGCGAGGAUGCGGACGCUGCUGACUUCGCGGUGCACGCUCAGCGUAUCAUGGAGCAACAUCGCGCAAUCGAUGAGACGGACGCCGCACAGCCCGUCGUGCAACCCUCCUCCGCUGAAGGGAUCCCAGCUUGCAACGUUAUAACUCCGGCUCCUAUUAUCACCGCUUGCAUUGACCCAACUCUACGGGCUCCAGCUGCAGCGCUCCGCGUUGGGGCCGUAAUUCAAGGCAAGUCUUUAAGUCAAUCGAACGACGUCCCCGAGACCGCUGACAUUGCAGAGGCGGACAUCGCUGUAGAUCCUGAGGUAAGUGAAAACCUUGAGAGUGCGGCGGCGGCACAACUCUCGGAACCCGCCCCGGCGGGACCGAAGAACAAGCGCCCAGGAAAGAAGGUCACGGCCACGAAGACGAAAGGGGCGGGGAGGAAGCUCCGUAAAGGCGCCGAAACGUCGGGAGUUGUGAUCCCCGACGCGAGCGCGAGCUCCGCUGUUACCUCACGACCGUCUCGCAUCCGCACGCAGACGGCGCGUGCUCAGGGUCAAGAUCCCUUGAUCUCGUUGACCGAGCGCAUUUCUGCGUCGGGCAGCGUCUCGACCGGACGCCCCCGACGCGGCGCUGGCGGUACCGCCAAGGGCUCGUCCAAGCGGAGGGGGCGGGCGUGA